UUUUUUAUUCAUACAAAAGUAAAAUGCAGGAGAUCACUGCCAGCCGUGAAACGGGUCGACUAUGUGAAUUGUUGUUUGUUUCCCAUCGGUCCAUAUUUACUGACGAGCUCUCAGGAAGUUUUGAAAGGCCCAAUAAGGACAACAUCAGAGCAGGAUGCAAGAAGUGUGGUUAUCCUGGACAUUUGACCUUCGAGUGUCGGAACUUUGUCAGGGUCGAUCCCAGGAAGGACAUCGUCCUCGACGUGAGUAGCACAAGCUCUGAGGAGAGUGAAGAUGAAGAGCAGAACGAUGGGACACCAGGUGGCCCAAACACCAAGGGUUCCCAAAGCGAGGCAAGGAAAGUCCAACAGAAAAGGAAAUCGAGGGACAAAUCCCACAAGAAGUUAAAAAAGAGAUCACGGUCCUCGAGUGACGAAGACGAGGAGGAAAAGAAGAAGAGAAAGAAGCACAAGUCCCACAAGAAGAAGGGCAAACGGGAGAAGAAGGAGAAGCGGCAGAAGAAGAAGCAGAAGAAACAGAGCGGAUGCUCGUCGCCAUCAGAAAGUUCUGGGGACUCUGGGGACAGUGACUGAAGGCGGGUGGUCCGGUUUGCCCCUUCGGCAGCCAAGCUCUGCCAUUUUAAAUCGCAUACUGUUAAAUCGCCUGAGAGUCAUGUUUUCAGGUUUUAUCAUGUUUGAUUGAGCCACAGUGGUGGGGAGAAAUGUGGGUUUUUGUGCUUUUGUUUGAUAUACGCAGCAUUCCCUUUUCCUGAUAUCACAGGCCUGCUAUACAGACACUGUGAAUUAUUGAUAACAGUGGAGUAUGACUGUCGUGCUGUACGUUUAAAAUAUGAAGCACUGUUUUCUGCAAACUGUGCCGACCGUCUGAAGAUAUUUUUCCAUCUUAAUUAUUUGCUUAGUAGAUUUUAUGCGUUGCGCUUACUGUUAGGUUUAUUUUUCUAGUUUGUGUGUCAUGUAAUGAAUUCAUUCCUGAGGGUUCAAUCCUCUGACGUAAUUUUUUUCUUCUCAGGUUUGGUUAAUUUCCAAGGUGUGUGAACAGCGCAUUGGGAGAUUUUUACACUCGAGACAUCUAUUUCAAAUUCAGUGCAACUUUUUCCUUACUGUUGAUGGUUUCGAUCUAAAUAAAGAUACUUCGAAUCCCA